AUGGCCCUCCCCUCCGACGAUAGCAACCCUGGCAUUUCUCAUCUGCACGCUUCAGAAUCCGAUGCUCUGCUCGGACUUCGCACUAUGGCUGAACUCUCGCAGGAUCCGUCUCGUUUGGAGCCUGCGCCUGAUGCGGCUGUGGCUCGUCGUGUGCUGAAGAAGAUUGAUCGAGCCAUAAUCCCGGUGCUAUUUGUCACGUAUAUGCUCAACUUCAUGGAUAAGAUCAUCCUUUCGAGCGCGGCUGUUUUUGGCCUUCGAGACGACAAUCACCUCAAAGGACAGGAGUAUAGCUGGGUGUCCAGUAUAUUUUACUUUGGCUACCUUUUUUGGGAAUAUCCUACCACAAUUUUGAUUGCCCGUCUGCCCACGGGUAAAUACCUCACCGCGAACACGGUGUUUUGGGGGGUUGUCGUCACCCUGACGGCUGCCUGCAAGAACUUUGGCGGCCUAAUGGCUGUUCGCUUCCUCUUGGGUGUGGCCGAGGCCACCAUCACGCCUGGUUUCAUGUUCCUGACGUCGACAUGGUAUACCCGUGACGAAAUGCCCACUCGUGUAGGCAUUUGGUUUGCAGGCAACUCUGUUGGCGGCUUGGUGUCAAGUCUGCUUGCCUUUGGGAUUGGGCACAUUGAGGAUAAUGUCCACCCUUGGAGGUGGAUGUACAUCAUUCUUGGGCUGGGAACCUUUCUCUGGGCGAUUCCCAUGUUCUUUCUUCUUCCAGAUAACAUUUCAAAAGCCAGAUUCUUGACACCCGACGAACGCCAAAUCGCAAAGAACCGCGUCAUCGUUGCUGGCACAGGUUCCACAGAGAACUCAUCCUGGAGAUGGGAUCAGGUGGUAGAGUGCUUGAUCGACCCCAAGUCCUGGCUGAUCUUCUUCAUCAGCCUCUUGACACAGAUUCCCAAUGGCGGAACCCAGGGCUUCUCCAAUAUUAUUAUCCAAUCCUUCCAUUUUACCAACCUCCAGUCAACGCUUAUAAACAUACCCUACUCCCUGAUUACAGCCGCUGUGAUUGCUGGCACAGGCCAUCUAUCAGGUCGCUUCCGAAAGCUAAACUGCCUCCUCAUCGUUACGGUAGUGAUGCCCUGCGUCAUCGGUGCUGCCAUAAUAUACCGCAGGACCGCCGUAUCUCACGGUGUACAACUCUUUGCUUACUUCCUCCUGUCCACUGGCCCUGCAGCAAUGCCACUCGCCAUGUCUCUUGUACAAUCUAACUUUCGCGGCGUCAGCAAGAAAAUGACAAUGACGGCCAUGCAGUUCAUCGCCUACUGUACGGGCAACAUUAUCGGGCCACAGCUCUUCCGCCAGACCGAAGCGCCUUCGUACGAGUCCGCUUUCCAGGCUAUCAUGAUUUGUUAUGCAUUGGCUAUGACUCUGGCGGUAUCGCUCAGAUUCUAUCUGCAGUGGAUGAAUGCGAGGAGGACGAAGAAGGAGGGCUUUGACGGUAGUGCUGGUGCGGCUGGAGCGGUUGCUGAUGGGAAGAUGCCGAUGCAGCUUACCAGUAGAGAUGUUGCUGAGGUGGUGACGGAGAUUCAACUACAGCCUGAGGAUUACGAGGAUGUGACGGACUGGAAAAUGGCGGGCUUUAGAUAUCGUCUGUAA